GGAAGAAGCACUUUGACUUCUGUGAGAAGGUUGCUGCUCUUAUGAAUGUUGAUCUACUACGUCAACAACAGCGAUGGAAGGAUGGUCUUGUGGAAAUGCGCAAUGUCUUCUCCGAUCUUGAAUAUCGGGGGAUGCGGUCGAGUGACAUGAAGGCCUGGCGCCAACACUGGGAUCAUCAGCUUUACAAGGCUCUUGAGCAUCAGUAUCAAAUGGGCCUGGAGGCACUUAAUGAAAAUCUCCCAGAAAUUACCAUUGAUCUGACCUUUAAGCAAGGAAGAUUACAGUUUAAACCUCCCUACGAAGAAAUCCGUGCCAAA